AUGGAGCUUUCUCCCGAUAAAUCAGCAGCAGUAUCUGCAAUUUGCUAUUUUCGUUUCGGUUUGUCGCUUUUCGCUGUUUUAGUUUCUGUGCUUACUACCACUGGCUCAGGUGGUCCUCUAGGUAUUGGAAAGCCACCACCAAAACUUUGCUUCGCUUUAGCGAAAUCCACAUAUAUAGCAGGACCGUUUACUGCUGCAUCCAAGAAAUCCAAGAAGAUCAAAGAAGAGAGAGAAAUCCCGGUUUGGGAUUAUCUUCAUUUCCGGUUUGAUGCAAUGAUGAGAUUUGGUUUGUGUUUAUAUCUUCUAGUUAAUGCUUUAUUGUGA